AUGUUAACAGAAUUUGCCUCGACCACUUUCAACCACCCGUCCAGUUUCUCACUUAUCAAGAUUUCAUUUUUCUUUUCUAUUUCGUUAUCAUUUCUUUAUAUUAAUUUACACUUUCUUUCUUUCUUUCUUUCUUUCUUUCUUUCUUUCUUUCUUUCUUUCUUUCUUUCUACUUCAUUAACAUUUUAUAUUCUUCACCAUUUUAUUUAUCUUUUCGUUUUACGUUUCUUUCUUUUUCCUUUCUUUUCCUUUCUAUUUUCUUUUCCUUUCUAUUUUCUUUCGUUCCUUCUUUCUGUCUUCUCUUCUCAGUUACCUUUUCUUUCUUUCACCCUACUUAUUUAUUUAGUUACACAUUCUUUCUUUUUCGACUCCAUUAACAUUUCUUUCUUUCUAUUUAUUUACCUUUUUAGUUUUCGUUUCUUUCUAUCUUUUUCUCUUUCAUUACCACUUCCCUUAUACUCAGUUGCACUUGAUUCUUUCUUUCUUUAUUUUCUACUUACACUUUCUUUAGUUUUUCUUUCUUUCUUUUUUCUUUCUUUCAUGCUUCCUUUCUUUUUAUUUCGUAACAAUUUCUUUAAAUUCUGCUACACUUUCUUCUUUUUUUCUUUUGAAUUAGCAUUUCUUCAUAAUCAGUUACACUUUCUUUUUCGUUUUUUUUUUAUUUUUAACACGUUUCUUUCUUUCUUUCUACGCCAAUAA